AUGGACAAACUCAUUCAGGGAGAAAUUUCAACACUUAAAAUUAGAAAGACAGAGCCCAGGUCGGAAACAAUCUUCGGGACAAUAAGGAGCGAGGACGAGUGCAUGAAGAUAAUAGACAUGUCACGCCUUGGCGCUUUACCUAUGAUAAAGUCCCGGCUUUCUGAUGCAGAGAGAAAUUCAAUUAGGCCUGGCAGCAUAUAUGUGUAUGAGGAGGGGGAAAGCGGGAUAUCCCGGUGGACAGAUGGCAAAAUAUGGUCUACCUCGAAGAUAAGUGGGAGGUGUCUUCUCUACUACGAGCUUAUAGAGACAUCAUACGACUCACGCCUGGAAAGCCUCAGCUCUACACAGUGCCUAGAGAACAUACUCAAGCUUGGGAAAGAAAUAAUAAGCCUUUCCAAGGACGAGAAGAGAAUACCAAAAAAACACGGUCUUAUAAAAAUGACCACAUCUCUAGUGUACCAGAAAAAAACAUACCACAUGCUUGCGUACUUUACUGAGAGCUUUGCUAAACACCAUACGAGGUCUUCAAUAUGGGAUAGAGUGGCGGCAUGGGAAAUACCAAGAAACCUUGUGCUGCGCAUGAACUACCGAAGAAAGAGAAAGCAUAUCGAUCUGCAGCCUGCGGAAAGCAUCAGGCCAAUCAAGUUAAGAGCAAGAAACGAAAAUAGAUCAAACUCUCUUCCAGCAUACAGUACAGUAAGUAACGAUGAUGUGAUAGAGGUAUCAAGCGAGUUUCUAGAGAGUUGUUAUUUAAAAAGAAAUGAUUUUUUUUCGUUCUAA